AUGACUUUGUUUAGGCUGCUCCUCUCUCUCUCUCGUCUACCUCCUGCUCUCUUUGACGUGGAUCCCCUCUGCAUUACUGAGACUGACGACGCUCGUGGGAGAGAGAGAGAGAGAGAGAGAGAGAAACUGCAGCUAGGGGAGUACUAUGAGGUGCUGGAGCACUGCUCCUCUAUACUGAACAAAUACGAAGAUAAUGUGAAGGCCUAUUUCAAGCGUGGGAAGGCCCACGCCGCUGUGUGGAAUAUCAGGGAGGCACAGGCGGAUUUCAACAAAGUGACAGAGCUGGACCCCAGCCUGACCGGCACUGUGAACAGAGAGAGGAGAGCGCUGGAGCAGAGACUUAGAGACAAGAGCCAGGAGGAGAGAGAGAGAUACAGGGGCAUCUUCAUAUAG